ACCCUUGUCGGCCUGUUGGAGCCUAGGGUUGGGGGGAGUCGAACGAGCCGUUCCCCGCCUUUCUUACUGUACAUAGAUUCGACCGCCGGGCGGCGGAAGCUUCAAAUCCGCCUCAUAUGAUACUGUAACAGAGGAAAUCAACAUGAGUCCAUCCCACACAUACCAUUCAUUGGCACCCAGUUCCGUGUUUGGCCCGCCACGCUGAGAAAGCAGGAAAAGGGCCUAACAAUACAAUUGACUCCCCCCCUCCAGCGACCAGUUUUCGUGAGGCACCAAUGGCGGAUUCCGGAUCACCGGUGCAAGAAACUGUAUCAAAGUCAGUCCAACCUGAAGCCAAAAGAAGAAAAAUACGUAAAGGCACCCGAAGCUGUUGGGAGUGCAAGCGGCGGAAGAACAGAUGCACCUGGUCUCAAACCGAGGAUAUCUGCGAUGGCUGUCAUCGCAGGGGUACGCAGUGCAUCGGCCAAGAGUUUCCCGAAGAGCGCGUGGUAUCGGAGAAACGGGGAGUCAGCAAGCCCGACGAUAGCAGAAUUCUACGUCUCGAAGCACUAGUUGAGGAAUUGUCCCGAAAGAUUGACUCUGAAAAUGCCUGUGGGCAUCGUGCUGGGUUGAAUUCAGAUGAUAGAAGUGGCAGACCUGAGGCCUCAAUUGGCACCAAUCAUUAUGGUGACAUCGCCGCCGACUCAUCGACACCCUACGUGGACAAUAACUUGGCAGGCCUACGCUUACAUGUUUUAAGAAAUAAUACAUCGCCAUCUCUUCUCAAAGCACCAGUCGGCAGCUCGUGGGGGCAGUUUGGGGACUCGGCGGAUCAGCAGAUAACACCCGCAGUCCACGCCCUCAUAUCGGCUUGGCCCAAUGAGCGUCAUCACGAUGCCAUUAUUAACAGCAAGGUCACAAACCUGCAUCCAGCCCUUUCUUCUGCAUGCUCCGGUUUUCAAUUUCCACCUUCACCCAAAGAUCUGCUACGAUUACCGACUCCCGGUACGACAUCAGAAGCAAUCGCGCGCCAGCUCCUAGUCUUAGGCACAUAUCUUCAGGUGCUCUCAGCGCAAAAUGGUCAAGAGAAUACAGGUUCAGGUCCUGACUACCGCCUGAUUUCCUCUCGAGCACUUGAGACCGCUAGUCAAAUAAUAACACACAAUGAUAGCCUUCCUCAGUCCCUUGAUAUCAUCGAGUGUCUCAUCAUCGAAGGUCAAUAUUACAACUAUAAGGGAAACAUUCGCCGUGCAUGGACUAUUCUACGCCGUGCCGUAGCAAUGGCACAGUUGCUAGGUCUAGACCGCCAGAAGAAAAGUAUAAUACAGGAUCCGAGGACACUUGACGCGCAGUCAGCCUCUCGCCAGGAGCGUAUAUUGUUUCUACUCGUUCAUUUUGAUCAAUAUGUAUCACUUGCAUUAGGUACUCCACCGAGCUUGCCAGAUCACAGUCAGAUAGCCCCCGAAACAAUGGAAAGGUGCACACCCUCAGGGCGAAUGGGGCGAUAUCAUUCUAUGGCAGCUGGGCGCAUCCUUCACCGAAAUCGCAUCAACAUCGUAGAUGUCGCCGAGACGAAAGAGAUCGACAAGAUCCUUGAGAAGGCUACAGCUUGUAUGCCUGCUCGUUGGUGGCUGCUCUCUAGUCGGUUUGAUGCCUGCGGCACCGCCGAAGAGUGUGCCUCUCUGGAAACACGGGUCGUUUGUCAAUUCGCUCACUAUAACAUAAUGUUACAACUCCAUCUACCGUUAAUGUUGCAUUCACUACGCGACAAGCAGUACUACUACAGUACCACCGCUGUCAUCAACUCCAGUCGUGAGAUUCUGACCCGCUUCACCACCUUUCGCAGCUAUCAUCCCUCAGUCUCUUACUGCCGCGGGCUUGAUUUCUUCGCGUUCGUUGCCAGUGCUACACUCUGCCUUCUUCACAUAUAUACUAGUUAUGAAAGUCAAGUUUCUGGCAAAUACGACGGCAUUAGCAUCUCUGACCUUCUAGCCCAUCAACGAUUUGCCAAUCGCGGUCUCAUGGAACAAGCACUUGAAAGUAUAGAGAAGAUCGCGGAGAUCGAAUCAGACGGUAGAUUGAGCUCCGAAAUAAUUCCAAUAUUUCGGCAACUUCUUGCCAUCGAGGAAGAAGCUUAUGAGGGAGUAGAUUACAGAAUUCAUCUACCGUCGAACGUCGAGCAGCUAUGCGAUAGGAAUAGUCAGCAAGGCGUCGGCAGUAGUGAUACACUCUAUCUGGAUCUCCCUUUUUGCGGAACUAUUAGGAUUGAGCGAACGCAUCCUCCCAACGACAUCUCGAUUGAAGCUCCGACAUCUAUACAGUCUCCAUAUAUCCCCCCUUUCAUCACGGGACCUUUUCCCGCCCCUUCAGAAGGAUGCUUUGCGACAACCCUCCCUACUGUGCAACCAUCAGAGGACCAAGUUGCAAUGGUGACUAACAGCUGUCACGUUGCCGAGAGCCAGCCACAUAUCGGUGAUACGUACGCUGCAAUGCCGCCAUCCUGCAACAUACAAUCGAUGCCAUAUAAUGGCACCGAUGAGAUCGAUGAGAUACAAGACUCUACAUCGGCGCUAGAAACAUUACACCCAGACAUAAUGGCAAAUAUUGAAGAGGGUCUGAAUCCAAUGAUGGAGGCCAGCUUUAUGGAAUAUCUUCUUGAUAUGCAGUAACAUUACUAUAAGUACACACAAAACCUAGUGCUUUCUUUCCUCCCUAAAACACUUGGCAUUUUCACGCGGUUCAUAACGUUGUGUUACUGCAUGUGAAGAAAAAAAAAAAUGCAAGCCAGAUAUCUUGGUUCAUAUCUCAACUAGUCCCACCGUACGAGCACCGACAAAGGAUAACUCACAUUCCAGGGCGCUUACCAUCGAGGAGUACACCGCAGACUUCAACAUCGUUCAACACAUUCAAUUCACCCUCAUUAUUCUGAUUACCGAGCCAAGCGAUAUUUUAUUACGAAAUUGGAUUAUAUUACGUCCCUACUCGAAGCCUCCCUCCGCAUCGUCCUAGAGCACUUUCACGCCACACGCCACAAUUAGCUCAAAGAAUGGGACCGGCGUAACUCGUGCAUCCCGAGUAUCUUACAAUUACACGUCAUUGUGAGGUCCCACUCAAAGACAGGUGUCACUCUCGAACACACGACGCCUAGCCUGCAGCCACCGCCACCUUUAUGCGCUUCUUAGAG